GAGGGUUUGAGUAAAAAUGGCCGAAUAUUUAACUUCAAUAUCCUGGACUGAGGACUCGUGAGAAUGGGUGCAGGCAACGGCCACCUGGGGGCCGGGAAUAGCACACUGGGUUUUCUCUUUGCUAGGCGGAGUGGGACGGUGUUUCUGGGGUAUCCGGUUUCCUAGUCCUCGGUUCACUUCUGUCUCUGCACCUUUUCCGGGUUAACUGCUCUUUUUAAGAUCGGGGCCCGUUGGCUACACAACAAACAGACUUUCUGGCACGGAGCUGAGGGGUUAACGCCUCGCGGUCGUUCCCCUCCUUGUGUCCAUCAUUACGAGGUCCCGCCUCUUCCGUAUUUCUUAGGCCCACCUUACCGCUGACCCCAACCUUCAGGCCCUUCUCCCACGAACUAGGCCACGCCCCCAACGUACAAACUACACCUCUAGGUUGUCUCAUUUCCUGGCCCUCUUCUGGUUUCCUUAGGGACAAGCAUCGUGGAUGCAUUCAGGAUGCUUAGGAUUCUUCUCUGGUGCAAGGUCCCACCCCAACCCCUUUGCACCUAGUACCCCUCUUUGCUUAGUACCCCUGCUCCUCUUAAAUUUAUUCAGAAUGUAAUGCUGCUCAACCUGCACCGGCUUCCACAGAACACUGCCCAAACCGCAGAAAGAUAGCACUGUCACGUAAACAACGUGGAGGUGCAAGAACACAUAACUUUUCGGAGAUCCCAGAGGUGGAGGUGUUUCAACGCCUAAAGGCCACCACUGAAGCCUCAUAGCUUGAGGUCCAUCACUACUAAAUCCCGUCCAGCCCCAGAACUGCUAACUAAUCCCCUGAAGAUUUCAGAGUUUGACUGCUGACCCUGACUGGCUUUCCAAUCAGUUUCCACGUGAAGAGGAUGCAGAGCAGACAGUAGCUGAAUUCAGUAACUGUUUGUUCAGUGGGCAGGCUGUGCAUACUGAGCUGUCUCCUGUUACUGACUUCUGGGAGUCAUGUUGUUGGCAGUAUGAGAUGGGGUAUGGCAGCACAGAGGCACCUGGAAUCCCAGACUCCUGUGUGUGUAUGUUGGUGGGGCUGUCGUUUAUGAUGUACUCCAUCCAUCCAUCUAUCCUAAACCCAGAGAAAGUACCUUUGGUGGCUUCUGCAACUUCAUUCACCUGCAACUCACCUCCCAGAACCUCAGCCAGCAGCCCUAUGGGUGGAAACCCAGGAGCAGAUCUCCCCUGAGGUCUCAUACCCACCACCACCCCCAAGAAAGAAACCAGUGAUGUUUCCCAGAUGACUAGCAUGGCCACUUCUGAGAUCCUGGCCUUCUUGUCUUCCAUGCCUGACAGGCACAGAUGUUCUUGGCCAGAACCCCUCCUCAAAGCUCCUUCAAAGCCCCAAGGUCAUCUUUCCCAGCCUCUGGGGUCUACCACCCCUCCCCUAAUAAAGUUCAGUAUUGAGGGUUUAGAGCUUGAGCCUUGGGCUGGAGUUUCCUUCCUCCUUCAUAUCUGACGAAAAGAGGAAGUAGGCGGGGUAUCUAGCCACAACAGCAGCUGAGAAGCUUCAGUGGACUAAGGUCCCAAUGCUUUAAAAAUCCCCAAGUGGGACUAGUAGGCCAGGGCCAACUUUGUGCUGGAAACUUCACAUCUAUCUGAGGCUUUUCAGAGGGAAGACACCUAGUUGCGGCAGGUUGGAGGAUUCCCAGCCCAGAGAAGAUUGGGGUUAGGAGCUAAGUGUCAGAGGCGCUGUGGCGGAAAGUCCUGUGAUGGAAAGUCCUGUGGUUGCGGGCCCUCUGGCUGCAGGCCCUGCCCAGAUGGGGCUCCAACACCUCCUCUUGUCUGUGGCACUGUUCUUGGCCCAGACAGUGCCGCAGGAAGCCUCCCAGCACUGCAGCCGCCUGGAAUACUGGAACCCUGACAACCUGUGCUGUGGCAGCUGUCUGCAGCGCUUCGGUCCACCCCCAUGCCCUGACUACGAGUUUUCGGAAAACUGUGGGCUCAAUGACUUUGGUGAUCACGUAAUGCACCCCUUCAGAAAGUGUCCUCGUGGGCAAUGCAACCCCAACAGCGCAGAGCUAUGUAGCCCCUGUGGCAGCAUAGCCAGGGUCCCUACUCCAGCGGAAACCCUGCGGCGCUGUGGAGAGGAGCCAGCUCCUACCAAAGAGCCCUGUCCUCUGAAGCCUGAAACACCCAGUGUCCUAAGCUCCCAGGAAUCCACCUCACUGAUGAUUUCCAGCCCAUCGUGGACGUCUGAGCACACUGCCCCUUGGCAGGUCUUGCUAACUAUUGCCCUGCCCCUGGUGCUGGUUUUGCUUGUGACCUCAGCCACCAUCCUCCGGCUCACUCAGCAAAGGCAUAGCCCCCAUCACCAGGGGAAAGCUGUCCACCUCUAUCCUGGCUUGACUCAUGGUGGUCCUAACACCUCUCCAGAUUCUCCGGAGGCAUCAGAGGCAGAGCUGCCAAAUCUUGCAUCGAAGCCCCUGUCUUGCCUCCUGGAUGAGCUGGAGGUGCUGGAGGAGCUAAUUGUGCUGCUGGACCCUGAGCCUGGGCCAGGUGGGUCAAUGGCCUGUGGUACCACUCGACAUCUGGCUACAAGAUAUGGACUGCCUGCUGCCUGGUCCACAUUUGCCUACUCACUGAGACCCAGUCGCUCACCUCUGCGAUCACUGAUUGAGAUGGUGGUAGCAAGGGAGCCCUCUGCUUCUCUGGGCCAGCUUGGCACACACCUGGCCCAACUAGGGCGGGUGGAUGCACUGCAGGUGCUGUCCAAGCUUGGCUGAUCUGGGGCAUGCCUGGCCUAGCACUCAAUCAGGAUUCCCUUGAAGAGCCUGUUUCUUCCUACCAGACUCAUUAAGGUACCCUCUUGAAACAUAAUCCUGUUUGGGCCAAGAUGUCCUCAUUCCCCAACCUGCUCAGAAAAGGGCCUAUCUACCCUACACAUAUAACCAGACAUGGGAAAGCUGGCUUCAGGUGUCUCUGGGGAACCAGGGUACCCUCGUGAAAAAAUACUCCUGCUACCCUUGGGAGAGCUUAUCCACAGGGACCCAGCUGGGUUCUAACUAAUAUGUAGAAUAUUUGUUGCUCUGAAGCCUUGACAGGUCUGACAACUUAUUUCUAAUCCUGCACAGUGGCUUCUCACCUACCUGCUGAAGCUGAUGG